CGGAUGGGGGGGGGGGGAAGGUUUGUCUCGGCCCCGGAAACGGAAGUGAGCGGCUUGGCCGGCCGACUAUAGCAGGUUCCGAGGCUUUCACCGAGCUGUUUCCAAGAUGAACGCCAGAGGCCUUGGGUCGCAGCUGAAGGACAGUAUUCCAGUUACGGAGCUCUCGGCCAGCGGGCCCUUUGAGAGUCAUGAUCUUCUCCGGAAAGGGUUUUCUUGUGUGAAAAAUGAACUCUUGCCCAGUCAUCCUCUUGAAUUAUCAGAAAAAAAUUUCCAGCUCAACCAGGACCAGAUGAACUUUGCCACCCUGAGGAACAUCCAGGGUCUGUUUGCUCCCCUGAAGUUACAGAUGGAGUUCAAGGCAGUGCAGCAGGUUCAGCGUCUCCCGUUUCUUCCGAGCUCGAACCUCUCGCUGGACAUUCUGAGGGGCAACGAUGAGACCAUUGGUUUUGAGGACAUUCUUAACGAUCCAUCACAGAGUGAACUGAUGGGCGAGCCACACAUGAUGGUGGAAUAUAAGCUGGGCUUGCUGUGACACGGGGCGCCGCACAGGAGAGGCAGAUGCGGUUCAUAGUUGUGUCUGCCACAGCCCCACCUCCACACAGCAUGAUGUACUGAGGAUCGCUGGGUCCUGUGGAAGCGCCUGGGGUUUGGUUUGGGGUUGUGAGUCAGUUGAGAGCCUAGAGUUAACGUGUCCUUAUAAAUGUUCCAAACCCAAUAAAGUUCCCAGGAGCCUCCUUCAGAA